CAGCAAGAACGUGCUAGCUAGUGCUGUAGUCUCCGGGGCUGAGCUAGCUUUAUUUUUAGCAUGGGUUUGGGCAUAUUGUCCUCAAACAUUAAACAGUGGCUCUGCCGACCUUGAUUCCUUAGUGUGAGGCAGCAGAUGGAGGAGUGGGUAGUUAGUGAGCUGUAGAGUGAGCAUGAGCACGAGCUACCCCACGCCGCUUUAUUCCCACGCUGGACAAGGAGACUUCCGAGAGGUUUACGAGCCGGCGGAGGACUCCUUCCUCCUGAUUGAUGCUCUGGAGAAAGAUGCAGACCGGCUACAGCGGAUGAGCCCGUGUGUAUGUUUGGAGGUGGGCAGUGGCUCAGGAGUGGUGUCUGCAUUCCUGGCGUCGGUGGUGGGACCUUCGGCUUUAUAUAUUUGCACUGAUGUGAAUCCUGCAGCAGCACAAUGCACAGCAGAGACUGCUUCCUGUAACAGGGUGUCCCUGCAGCCGCUGAUCACAGACCUGGCUGACUCUCUUCUGCCCCAGCUGUGUGGGAAAGUGGACAUACUCCUCUUUAACCCUCCCUACGUGGUUACGCCUUCAGAAGAGGUGGGCAGCACAGGCAUCGAGGCCGCCUGGGCUGGAGGGGAGAGAGGGCGAGAGGUGACCGACAGAUUUCUGCCAGCUGUGGUGCAGCUGCUGUCCAAUAAAGGGCUGUUUUACCUCAUCACAAUUGCUGAGAAUGAUCCAGAGGAGAUCAUCCGCCUACUGGGCCAAAGUGGCUUGAAGGGAGAGUCGUGCUUGUCUACGAGAGCGAGAAACGAGAGGCUGUCCGUCCUGCGUUUCCACAGGAACCAACAAACAUGACUUCCUUGGACAUGUUUGUCCAGGAUGCAUUUCUUUUAGCCCCUGAGGCAGAAUUCAACAAGAGCAAAUCAUGGACAACUGGACAGCUGUUGAAUCUCUGCAGGACGAACAGCAUGGGAAAACUGUGCAAGGAAUUGGAUCAGUCAAAGGAUAUUUGUAAUCCAAGCUGGAUACGUGGAACGACAUUUAGGACUCUGGACAAAAAACAGCCACUAUCAAAAAUAAAUGAUUGAAAUCCUUACAA